UAUCCAUAUCCAUAUCCAUAUCCAAACUCCAAUUUCAAAAUGUGCAUGAAGGCAACUUGUUCUACCUGCCACAAAACUUCAUGGUGGGGUUGCGGAGCGCAUAUCCCCUCUGUUUUGGAUGCCGUGCCUGAGAGUGAGCGCUGCACGUGUACACCCAAGGUUGAGCGGGAUGGAAAGGAGUAUCCGCCUAAGGCUGAGAAGGCGUGACUAGCCGGUUGUUCAAUUUUCUGAGAGGGUGUUUUUGGUGGCGAGGGGAGCCAGUUGUGUUUUAUAAGGGGGUGGUGAUAUUGGGGGGUGGG